AUGACCUGCAGAGCAAUGGCACUGUGUUUGACAAGUGGUCUUGGAGCACCACAGCCACAGAGGUGGAUGCACUUCCCCCCCCUCCAAGAGGAGUCUUCGCCGAGCUCACGUAGCAAGACCAGCGAUGCCGAGAGCGAGGCUGCGCAGGCGUCCCAAAGUGAACAGCUGCCAUCCCAAGCGCCACAGAACCAGCUGCGGACUGCGCAGCUGCCGAUCCCUUCGCAGAUGCUGCAAAUGUCGGUGCCUUUGCCCCCGCAACUGCAACUGCAGCAGGUUGCCGUGAUGCCAACGCAGGCACCUCAGCAAAUGAUGGUGCCAGUUCAGAUGCCCAUGGGCAUGGGCGGCAUGGGCAUGUUGCCCAUCAUCAUGCAGAUGCCGCAGAUGCAAACGGUGCCGAACUCCAUGCCGAACGCGAUGCCAUCGGUGCAAAACUCCGUGGCGAGCGCAUCCACCUUCACCUCAGGCCCUCAAGGCCCUGCCUUUGGCUGCGCGCACCGCUUUCACCCGAAGAACUCCAGCAUGGGUGUCCUCUCAGCAGAUGCGCGAAGCUUCACAAAGCGAUACAAUAAGGGGCGCUUGAGCAUCAUCUCCGAGAACAAGGUGCACUUCAAAGGCACUGUGCGAUAUGCCGUGCAAUUUACCGAGGGAGAGCUGUGCAGUGCUGACGGAGUGGGCUUCAUCCUCUCGUCGGACUUGCCUUGCACGCGAAACAUCCAAAAGAUCAUUUCGAUCUUCGUGAAUCGAACUGGCCGCAUUUGCGUUCGCGUGCACGAUGAGGUGGAGCGCUGCCCUCAACAUGUGAAGUGCCUGGAAAUUGGAGAUUGGCUCGAGGUUGCUGCGGAUCUGGAGCAACAAACGGUCAGCUUCACUGUUUGGCCACAGGACAAUUCUGAGCCAUCCUCCGCCACUGUGCACUUCAAGGAGAUCUUGCAGGAGGCACGCGGCCGGCUGCAUGGUGUGCCACGAAACCCUUGCGGAUUUUUGGCCGUGGUGAUGAAGCACUUGGGUGUCUCAGUGAAGUUGGCCUCCUAA